CCGCCACAGUAAGACGCCCGCGGAUUGGUGGGCCACAAUGGGCCAAUGGGGCGGCGCUUUCUUCGGGAACUGGCAGAGGCCUGAGCAGGCGGAGGUGCUUGGAGACCCCCGGCGCCGCCUACCAGGCUCGGCGCCCCCCGCCGCCAUGGCGGCCCCGGAGGAGGAGACGCUGGUGUUCAUGGAGCACCGGUACGUGUGCUCGGAGUGCAGCCAGCUGUACGGCUCGCUGGAGGAGGCCGUGCUGCACCAGCAGACCCACCUGGCGCCCGAGCCGCGCUACGAGGUGCUGGGCCUGGCGGGCGAGGCGGGUGCCGGGCUCUACCAGGCCGUGGCCGUGCCCGAGAGCAGCCAGUUCCAGUGCCUGGAGUGCGGGCAGCUGCUGCUGACGCCUAGCCAGCUCCUGGAGCACCAGGAUGUGCACCUCAAGCUGCUCAGCCCCGAAGCCGAGACGCCCCCCAAGCCGGUGCCUGCCGUGCCCGCUGCCACCGCGGGGCAGAUCCACUACGAGUGCGUGGACUGCAAAGCUCUCUUCACCAGCCAGGAGGUGUGGCUGGCCCACCGCGCCGCCCACCGCACCCCUGAGGCACCAGCGCAGAGCCAGGCGCUGGUGCGGCUGGAGCACUCCUACCGCAAGCCAGAGGAGGAAGCGGCGGCGGCAGCAGCGGGUGGCGCUGCCACUGCCGACCUGAGCACGGUGCAGCUGCUGCUGUACGAGUGCGGCGAGUGCCUGCAACUCUUCCAGACGCCCAAGGAGUUCCUGGAGCACCAAGCUGGGCACUUGGCGCCUGCGGCACCCCCUGCCGUCAAUGGCACGGCGCCGGUGCCGGCGGAGCCUGCGGGUGACCACAGCUAUGAGCUGAAGGGCGGUGCCCCGCACCGGUGUGGGGAGUGCGAGCUGGCCUUGCCCACGGCCCGUGCGCUGGAGCUGCAUCGCCGUGCCCACCGCCGCGGCGCCUUCCCCUGCGCCUUGUGCAGUCGGGCCCUGCCCUCGCCAGCUGCACUAGCGCAGCACGCAGCACAGCACAGUGGGGAGUCACGCCUGCUCUGCCUGGACUGCGGUUUGGCCUUUGAUACAGAGCCCGCGCUGCUGGCACACCGCCGCGCCCAUGGGCCCAACCCGCUGCAUCGCUGCCCCUGCGGGAAGGCCUUCCUCAACAUGACCAAGUUCCUCUACCACCGCCGCACCCAUGGCCCUCUGCCGCCCACCCCCGAAGCUCCAGCACCCGCCGAGCCAGCCCCAGUGCCUGCUCCCGAGGCCCCGGUGCCGGACACCAUGCCGCUGACCAUUAUCUACUCGGAUGGCAGCACUGGGGGCGGUGGCGGGCACCGGUGCCUGGCAUGUGGCAAGGCCUUUGGCAAGCAGCUGCAGCUGGCUAGGCACCAGCGCUUCGUGCAUGGGCUAGAGCGGCGCCAUGAGUGCCACACGUGUGGGAAAAGGUUCAAGAAGAAGUCGCAUGUGCGCAACCAUCUGCUGACGCACACCGGGGAGCGCCCCUUCGCUUGCCCUGACUGCCCCAAGGCCUUCAACUCGCAGGCCAACCUCCUGCGGCACCGCCUGACGCACACUGGGGAGCGGCCCUACCAGUGCCAGGUCUGCCUGAAGCGCUUCACACAGUCCUCCACGCUGCAGCAGCACCUUUUUGUGCACAGUCGGCACUACCCCUACCAGUGCCCCGAGUGUGGCGUGCACUUUCACCGCCCCUACCGCCUGCUUAUGCACCGUUACCACCACACGGGUGAGUACCCCUACAAGUGUGGUGAGUGCGGGCGCUCUUUCCUUCUUCGCCGCCUGUUGGACGUGCACCGCUUGGGCCACGCCGGGCGCCAGCCCCAUGUGUGUGGGGCCUGCGGGGCUGCCUUCGCCACAGCCCCGCAGCUGCGCGAGCAUCGGUGUGGCAAGGCUGGGCGGCGCCAUGAGUGUGCCACAUGCGGCAAGAAGGUGAGCACGGCAGCUAGGCUGCGGGCACAUGAACGGGUGCACGAGGCAGGUGCUGGGGCUGCACAGCCUGUGUCAGCACCACUACCUCCACCGCCAGCACCGCGCCGCCCUGCUGGGCCCAAGAGCUUUGAGUGCAGCGAGUGCAAGAAGCUGUUCAGCACGGAGACCUCACUGCAGGUGCAUCGCCGCAUCCACACCGGAGAGCGGCCCUAUCCCUGCCCGGACUGCGGCAAGGCCUUCCGCCAGUCCACCCACCUCAAGGACCACCGGCGCUUGCACACGGGUGAGCGGCCGUACAAGUGUGAGCAGUGUGGCAAGGCCUUCGCCAUCGCUGUGCGCCUGGCUGAGCACCGGCGCACGCACACCGGGGAGCGCCCCUAUGCUUGCCCCCAUUGCCCCAAGGCCUACCGCUCUUUCUCCAACCUCUGGAAGCACCGCAAGCUCCACCAGGCCCAGCGUCGCGCUGCCGCACCAGACCCACCUUCUGCCACCGCCAUCCCUGAGGAGGAGGAGGAGCCAGUUGUACCCCCAGCUGCCAACUACGCACCAGCACUGGCCAUCAUGGAGACCAUCGAGAUCUACCCAGCACCUCCUGCUGCUACCGAAGCUGUGACCACCCCCCUGGACGGGCUGCAUGUGGGGGAUGGGGUCUGAGUGGGGCCCUACCCCUGGUGGGUGGCGGUUUGUGCAGGGCUCUGCCUACUUAGGGGGCUGGUGGUUGGGGGCUGCAGCUCCGUGCCCCGCCUUGCCUGAAGCUGACCCCUGGAUUGCAUGUGAGGGCAGGGGUGGGAGCCGAGUAGGGUUAGGGCUCGCCCUGACCGGGGUGCAGCUCUGUUCCUUGAAUGGUUGGGCAGGGGGGUUCAGCAGACCAGCCCCCUGGAUGGGUGGGCUCUGAGUGGCUCUGCCCCUCUCCAGGGCCUGCUCCCCAAAUUAUAAAUGGGGGUGGGGUUUGGGAGGGACUCACCCCCAGCUAGAUAGAUAGGUGGCAUUUGGGGGUGGGGCUCUGCCCUUUAACAGGGCCCUAGCUCCACCCCCUGGACAGGCUGUAGGUGGGUGGUGGAGUGGGCCUCCACCCAUAUAUGGCUGUGGCUCUGCCCCCUGGGUGGGCUGUCCUUUGUGGGCAGGGCCUGGGGUACAGGUAGUGUGGUAUGGGUUCCACCCCCCUCAGGACAUGCUCUGUUGUGGGGGCGGGGCUGAAGCAGGCUCUACCCUCAGUUGAUUAUGGCUGUGCUCAUCAAGCUGUGGCUCAGCCUUUGCUUCUGCGUGGCCCUGGCACCUGCCUUCUUCCUUGUGCUCCAGCCAGGCUCUGCCCCCAGCUGCAGCCAGGCCCUGCCCCUGGCCCCCUAGUCAUUUGGGCUUUUUUUUCUAUUGCAGCAAUUGCCCCCCCUAGCACUACCUGUGCACCCCACCCAGUUGGGGGGUUUCUGGGGCCAGGUCUUGUUAAUUCCUGUUCUAAUUAAAACUAAGAGACUGGA